AUGUCGUUUGUGAUGCAUGAGAUUGUCUAUUUCGGCCGUUCUCUUCCCUGGAUAUUCAUUGACACUUUGGGCUUGUUUAAGAAUUAUAAAAUCCAGAAUAAUAAAAUUCCUUCACUUAGGGAGCAAUGGGAUUGCGCCAAGUUUGUCCUUCUUAGCCACUUCACCGUGGAACUUCCGCAGAUUUGGCUUUUCCACCCCAUGGCUCAAUUCUUCGGUCUGUCUACGUCGGUUCCUUUUCCCUCUAUUUGGACCAUGAUGUACCAGAUUGCCAUUUUCUUUGUUCUUGAGGAUACAUGGCAUUAUUUCUCUCACCGUGCCCUCCAUUGGGGCCCUUUGUACAAGGCUAUCCAUAAAAUCCACCACCAGUAUUCGGCACCCUUCGGUAUGGCCGCCGAAUAUGCGUCGCCUAUUGAGGUUAUGAUUCUUGGGUUUGGGACCGUUGGAUGCCCCAUUCUUUGGUGUGCAUUGACUGGCGACCUGCAUAUCUUUACGAUGUAUGUCUGGAUUGUCCUACGGCUCUUCCAGGCCAUUGAUGCGCACAGCGGCUAUGAGUUCCCUUGGAGUCUCCAUCAUUUCUUGCCUUUUUGGGCUGGAGCUGAUCACCAUGAUCUUCACCAUGAGAAAUUUGUCGGCAACUAUUCGAGUAGCUUUCGGUGGUGGGAUUACCUUCUCGACACUGAAUACACGCCCGAAGCUCUUAAGCGCCGAAGGGAGGGCAGAAUUACAAAAAAGGCUCAGUGA